AUCUCGACUCUCCUUUCGCUCCUUAACUUCUCACACGGCCACGCAGUGCCAUGGCUAAUUACGACCCCCUCCAAGAGGGGUCCCAGCUCAACCUCCAUCACAAUUCCCCCUACGGCUCCGGCGAUCCCUACUACCACCAGUCGACGGGCUAUAUCACCCCGAUGCCCGCCAAAAAACGCCUUAGUCCCUGGAUCAAAUUUGGUGUCCCGGUCGCCAUCCUCGUGAUCAUCGGUGUUGUUGUUGGGGUCGUCGUCGGCACCCGUCACAACUCCAGCAGCACCAGUUCCGCGUCUUCCUCUGGUGGCAGCAGCCCCGCCGCCGCUAGCUCCGCUGUCAGCGCGAAGAAUGCGAUCGGUAUCUUCGCUACGGCGACGGACAGCUACUACGAGAUGCCAUUAUACCCUUCGACGACCAAUUCUGCUGCGUUUACGAGUCCGACCUUCAUCUCCGGCUCGUCCGUCUCGUGGCCGUCCGACCCCUUCCAACCCGCCGACCCUCAGCCUACGGUGGUGCGUACGGACCGACCGCGCCUCAUUGCUCCGGCGUACAAGUGGCAGGCGUUACCCGAUCUCAUUGCGAAUGACGUUUACAUGUCGUACUGGAAUGAGUCCAUCUUCAACAAUGCUACACAGUACUACUCGCUUGCGCCCGUCGUCUACCAUAUGGACGGCGACAGCGGCAUCCUCGAUAACUCGCGCGAGAUCAAGAUGCGCAUCAAGGCCUUUGCGUAUGCGUACCGUAUGAGCAAUGACACGAAGUGGGUGGAUAGGGCGUGGUCCGAAAUCCAGAACGCAGCAGGCAACGGUACAACGUCCUUCGGUCCAGACGAUGACAAAUGGAACUCGGCACACUUUCUUGACACCGCAGAGAUGACUGCCGCAUUCGCGAUUGCGUACGAUUGGUUGUACGACAUGUGGACCCCCGAUCAGAGGAGCCAGAUCAUGUUCACCAUGAUCAAGUACGGCCUUAGCUUUGGCCAGACCGCGUUCACCGAUCUGGCCAUCGGCUGGUGGUCGAACAAUGUCACCGGAAACUGGAAUUGUGUUUGCAAUGACGGCCUCACGUUGGGUGCUUUGGCCAUCUUGGGCGACGAUACCACGGGUAUAGCCGACUCUAUCCUUGGCCUCACCGUUCCCAAUGCCAAGGCAAACUGCGCAUUCGGACCUUCGACCGACGGUACCUGGUCGGAAACCGCCAACUACUGGUACUUCGGCACCACCGGACACGCCGAAAUGGCGUCCGCACUCAUGACCGCGACCGGUUCCGACCAUGGCCUGCUCGACACGAACACCAAUUACCACCUGACGGCGCUGUACCACAUGUACUCGAUGGGCGCCACCUCGCUCUUCGACUGGGGAGAUCACGGACCGAACAAGUUCUCUUCGACCGCCAACUCUAUGAUGUUCUACUCGAUGGUAUACAACACUCCGAUGUAUGCGCUCUUCCAGCGUGACCAGCAUGAUGCCGCGGAGCCUUGGAGCAUGUUCUGGUAUGACCCGACGGUCUCCGGCGCGUUCUGGGACGGCUUGGCGCUGGACCACUUCUUUGACGACGAAUUGACACAAUGGGGUUCCAUGCGCAGCAGUUGGACGGACAUCAACGCGCUGUACGUCGGCAUGAAAGCUGGGAAGAAUCAGGGACACCAGACGCACAAUGAUCUCGACGCUGGUGAUUUUGUGCUGGACGCGAUGGGAUACCGGUUUGCGGGAGAAUACGGCUCGGCCGAUUACCUGUCGCUCGACUACUUCAGCAACGAUACGCAGGACAGUGUCCGCUGGCUGUACUACCGCAAGCGGACCGAAGGCCAGAACGCUAUCAUAGUGGAUGCGCAGAACCAGAACGUGGCUGCUGCGCCCAGCAUAAAGCACGACACUUCCGGAACCCAGCAGGGCUCUAGCACGGUGUUUGAUGUACCCGGCGAUUCCACUGCGUACUUCGUCGCGGAUCUCACCAGCGCAUACUUCAACGUGUCAUCGUACCAACGCGGCAUCCGCAUGAUCAACGGGCGGAAGCAAGUGCUGCUCCAGGACGACAUCACCGCGUCUGCGCCGAUCAUGUGGCGGUUGCAGACAAACGCGACGGUGUCGGUAGAUUCUUCGGGGACGUCGGCGACGCUCACGAUCGAGGGCAAGGUGGUGAAGAUGGAGAUCUUGAACGCACCUUCGGGCGCGACGAUCACGACUGGAGACGCUGUUCGUCUCGCGAGCGACCCCCCUCUCCCUGCCGGCCAGAGUGAUCAGCCGAACCCUGGCGUGACGGUGGUGUCGAUCAGCCUGGACGCGGGCACGUACAGCCUGCAGGUCCUGUUCAGCCCGCAGUGGGACGGCAUGUCGGCGAGCGACUUCAAGACGCCGCCGGCCGUCUCCCUGGACAACUGGUCGCUGACGAGCCACGACUGAACGCUUACUACUACUAUUACUACUCGUUCUCGUUAUCGACUUUCUUCUCGCCGUAGCUGUGCUGCUCAUGGACAGAUUUCUAUACCGCGUAGUCAGGACGUCUUGUGAUGUACACAGGGUCUAUAUGCUAAUCGAUGAUGUGGAUUGACGGG